GUUAUGCUGUAAAAGAAAAACAUACCAUGUACCUGCUGCUUGCAUUAUUGCUUUCACUUCAAUGAUGAUGACUCUAGCUUAUCUUUGGACACAGAGGCACUCUCUCCAACCAAAAAUAACAACACAAGAAGGCAAUCUCUGUAGAGGGGAAAUUAUCAACAAUACAAUCACAGCCUUAAAAAGUACUAGAACUUUUAUCAUUGCCCCGUACUUCGAUGAUAGAGAAAGCAAAAUAACCUGUGUGAUUGGGAUUGUUCACCAUAAAAAGGUGAAAGACCUUUUCUGUUGGUUCUGCUGCCAGCCUGAUGGUGAAAUAUACCUAUCAAAGGCAGCAAUAUAUGUUCAUUCAGAUCAAUUUGGAUUCCCUUACGCGGCAGCAGACAUGCCUUGUUUGGAACCUCAAAACUGUGAUCCAAACUUUGUAUCCAUCAGUUGGGCCCGUAAAGGAAAUAUUGACCAACUACCAAGGUUUGAAAUAAAAAAAACACGCAAAGUUGAGACAUUUCCCAUUGAAUUCACUGUGUGUAUCUCUACCAUGUUUGGAAAUUACAAUAAUGUCUUACAAUUUAUACAGAGCAUGGAGAUGUAUAAAAUUCUUGGGGUACAGAAAGUGAUGAUCUAUAAAAACAGCUGCAGCCAAUUGAUGGCGAAAGUCUUGGAGUUUUAUAUUGCAGCCAGAACUGUCAAGAUAAUUCCCUGGCCAAUUACUUCAUAUCUCAAAGUGUCUCCUAGAUGGAGAUUUAUGGAGGAUGGAACACAUAUUGGCCACCACCGACAAAUCACAGCUCUAAAUGACUGUAUUUACCGCAACAUGUACAGGAGCAAGUUUGUACUUCUUAAUGAUAUUGAAGAAAUUAUUUUGCCCAUUAAACAUCCACACUGGAAAAUUAUGAUGAGCAGCCUUCAGGAGCAAAAUCCAGGGGCUGGGAUUUUCCUCUUUGAGACCCACAUAUUUCCAAAAACUAUAUAUGCGUCAGCUGUUAGUGUGGCUGUGCUAGUGCAUAAAGAAUCUAUAGUUAGUUGCUUAAUUAAAUUAAAGACAACCAUUGAAUAG